UUUAUACUAAAUUAUUAAAAGAUGGUAGAUGAAAAGAUCAUUAUUGCAAGUUCUGCUUCUGUGGCAUUACUCAUAGCUUAUUGCUUUAACUGUCUGUGGUCAGCAAUUUUCUAUAUUGGACUUGUGAGACUCCUUUUGUUCUAUUCUUCAGUAGCACAUUUCAUCAAUAAGUUCUUUAUCAGAAAAAGACUAAAUCUUAUUAAAAGAUAUGGAGAUGGUUCUUAUGCGCUUGUCACUGGUGGAGCUAAUGGAAUUGGAUUAGAAUAUGCCAUUCAACUAGCUGAAGCAGGGUUCAAUAUUAUUAUUCUUGAUUUAUCUGACGAGCUCUUACAAAAAGCAAAAGAAAAGAUUUUAGAGAAAGCACCAAAAGCUGAUGUCGUGAUGAAGGUACGCAAUCUAUGUGAAAUGACCAAGCAAGAGCAUUAUGAAGAAUUCAUGGAUGAAGUUAAAGAAUAUGAUAUUUCUGUUCUCGUAAACAAUGCAGGUGUUGCUGAUUACCAUCAAUUCCAUGAAACUACACCAGCAAGUGUCAGCAGAACUAUCCAAGUAAAUGCAAUAGCUGUCCUUGGUUUCACAAGAAUGUUUUAUACUAAGUUUAUGAACAGGGAAAAGAAAGGAGGUAUCAUCAACAUGGCUAGUGGUGUCGGACUUGCAUCAAAUAGUUUGGUGCCAAUUUACCCAAGCACAAAAGCUUUUGUUAAGUACCUUACUGAGGGACUUCAAGAAGAGUGCAAAGGAAAGAUAGAUCUUCUCUAUAUUUACCCAGGUGCAGUUACCACAAGCGCAACUGCAUUCAGAGUUGCUCCAGAUUCAACAACACCAGAUGUGAUAGCAAGGAAUGCUCUCAACUCUCUUGGUCAGGAUGGAUACAAUGCUGGAUAUUGGCUCCACGAUAUCUUCUGCAGUCAAGUCGAAGCAAUGUUCUACUGUAAUAGAGAACUUUACAGAUUCGUCGAAGAUGCAGCUGUCGAGAAAACCGGCUUAGGUAAAGAUCUCAGAAAUAUUGCCAAAGAUCAAGACAAGAAAAACAAAUAAUAUGUUGUUUCAAGUGUGCAC